AUGGGAAAUAAAUUAUCAUCAAUAGUUGUUGUUGAUAAAGGAAAUGACUCUAGUUCGUGCCAACACAUUAAAAAAUAUCUAGAUUCCGAUGGAUGGUGUAAACAAUGUUCACUAAAAAAUAAUAAAUGGACAAGUGGAAAUUUUCAUGUUGAUAAAUUUAUCAUGAAAACUCAAAAGAAAUCUUGUAAAUGGACUGACAGUUUCUUGGAAUGGAUUCCGUUUGAAAACUUUCAAAAUUUAAAAAAAAUCGGCGACGGUCAUUUCUCCACCGUUUAUUGUGCUACUUGGAUGGAUGGCAAGAGAAUUAAAUCUACUAAUAAAUCAGUUUGUACACGUUCUGCUCCAAUCACGGUCGCUCUAAAAAGUAUCAAAAAUUCUGCAAAUAUUUCUGAAAAAUAUGUUCAAGAGUUGGAGAAUUAUUACAAGUGUACAUUGGUGAAAUCUAAAAAACAAAUUUGUGAAAAUAAUAAAAGACCAAAUCUCUUGGAAAGUACUCCAUCAAAAUUCAAGGAUUUGGCUUUACACUGCACAGAUCCAAAUCCAUAUGCAAGACCACCAGCUAGAUUAUUAUCAUAUAUAUUUAAUAAUUGGUGGCAAGUAGUCGAACAAUCUCAAGAUUAUGAAAUACGUCAUCAAUUCAACAGCUCAGAUAAAUUUACCAAAAAUAUGGAAGAUGUCAAAUUGGAUCAUGAUUUUAAUGCCAUUUAUACCAGCAGAUAUUUUAAUUUCAAUAAUGAUGAUGAUUAUUCUUCCAUUGAUAAAAAUAAUGAAAUGUUUCAGGCAGACAUCAAUAAUAAUUUAGAGUCAAAAUAUUUACUCGAUCUUAGUGUUUCACCUUAA